CCGGUUUGCGCGUCCGGCCGCCGGGCGAGGCGGCGGCCAUGGUGCGGUUCAAGCACAGGUACCUGCUCUGCGAAGUGGUGUCUGACGACCCCCGCUGCCGGCUGAGUCUAGAGGACCGAGUGCUGGGCAACCUCGUACGGGACACGAUCGCCCGCUUCCACGGGACUUUCGGCGCGGCCGCCUGCUCCAUUGGUUUUGCCGUGCGAUACCUCAAUGCCUAUACUGGAAUAGUGCUACUUCGAUGCCGGAAGGAAUUCUACCAGCUUGUGUGGUCAGCUCUUCCCUUCAUCACAUACUUGGAGAACAAAGGACACCGUUACCCCUGUUUUCUCAACACCUUACAUGUGGGAGGUACAAUUAGAACAUGUCAGAAGUUCCUGAUUCAGUACAACAGGAGACAGCUGUUGAUCUUGCUGCAGAACUGCACUGAUGAAGGAGAGCGGGAAGCUAUCCAGAAGUCUGUCACAAGAAGCUGUUUACUAGAAGAGGAGUCUGGUGAGGAGGAGCUGUCAGAUAGUGGUGGUGAGGAGGCUGCUGAAGCAGUGGGGUGAAGCUCUGCAGGCUGCACUGUGCUCAAGCCUCAGGACCCACUUGUUGGAACAGGACACUGGGAGGCAGCGGCAUCUUCUACAAUUCUCCAGACUGGAUGAGUGGCAGACACAGGCCAAGUUACCAGCUCGAGGUGGAGGACUUAUUCACUUAAAAUAAACUGAGGUCACCUUUACCUAGCGUUCCUAGUUAAGUGUUUCUACAGGUUAUGAACCCCUUACAGUUACAGACAUCUUUGUAUUCUAAUUGCCUGGCCAAGAACAGUUUUAAUAAAUGUAUUUGGCUUCUCUAGCA